AAACUACAGGUCAAGUGAACUGACUUGCUGAAUGAAUUUCCCAAGUCGUUUCGUGUCUCUUCAAAACUAUUCAGAGAACUUACAGAAUCAACCUCUUACUUCAAAAUUGAUCAUCUCCUGGUGUAGAUUCCUCCUUCUGUGCAGCUUUAUUGGAUGAUCAUGAAAGCAGUUCAGGAGACUCCUGUGCGUCUCCUCCUCCUUCAUAUAUUCUUGCUCUUUUUGCUUCAAUUGGAGGCCACGUCAUCACAAAGAACACAAGCUGAAGCUCUCCUAGAAUGGAAGAACAGCUCUACUUCUUCACCAUCUUCUCUGAAUUCAUGGUCGCUCACAAACCUAAACAACCUGUGCAACUGGACUGCCAUUGUCUGCAACCGCAAUACCGAAACAGUUUCUGAAAUUCACCUUGCAAACUUCAACAUCACUGCAGCACUUACACAGUUCAACUUCAACAAGUUUCUCAGUCUCACCCAUUUCAACCUCAAUGGCAACAAUUUCUCAGGGCCUAUACCAUCUGCCAUUGGCAACCUCACCAAGCUCACCACCUUGGACUUGGGAAACAAUAUCUUGCAAGGAGAAGUGCCUGCGGAAAUGGGCAAGUUAACGGAGCUUCAGUUUCUAAGUCUCAACAACAACUAUCUCAAUGGUACCAUUCCCUAUCAGCUGGACAAUCUCAAAAAGUGGGGAGAAUGCAAGAACAUCACUGAUAUGCGGAUGGAGGGAAAUAGAAUUUCUGGUCAAAUCCCACCGGAACUUGGCCAGUUGACAAAGUUGCAGUAUCUAACUCUAAGCUCUAAUGAAUUCAGUGGGGAGUUUCCAGUUUCCAUUGGGAAUCUAAGCUUGUUGUUCACUCUUAAUCUCAGCAGGAACCACUUGACGGGAACUAUUCCUUAUGUUCUAGGCAAAUUGACUAAACUCGAGCUACUUGAUUUGUCUGAUAAUAAUUUUACAGGGGUAUUACCAGUCGACCCUGGAAUGUUUGAGAGCUUAACAAGCUUGAACAUAAGCCGCAACAAAUUAUCAGGUGGAAUACCUGAGGAGAUUGGUAAUCUACACCUGCGGUACUUGUUGGACCUAAGCAGCAAUUCAUUCUCGGGAUCACUACCAUUAAACCUUGCCAAGCUUAUAAUGCUGGAGAUUCUUAAUGUCUCGCAUAACCAACUCUCUGGAAAAAUCCCAUCAACCUAUUCCAGAAUGGUUAGUCUUCUGGGCAUUGAUUUUUCUUACAACAACUUGACAGGUCCAAUCCCAACCGGUGGCAUUUUCCAAAAGAAGCAUCCGAACAAUGCUUUCAUUGGAAAUAGUGGUUUGUGUGGCGAAACAGAGGAAAUAACUCCAUGCAUUUCGGGUCCCAAAAAGUCCAACAAGAAAAUUCUUGUUGGCAUCCUUGCUCCCAUUUGUGGUUUAUUGCUGACGGUGACCAUAUCUGCUGUAAUCCUCAAGUUCUGCAAGAAAUCAAAGCUUGGAGAACUCGAUCACCCUAAGGUGUCUAAAAGUUUUGAUUCAAUUAUUUGGGAAAGACAUGGUAAACUUACAUUUUCUGAAAUCAUCACUGCCACCGAGAACUUUGAUGAAAAGUACCUCAUUGGAAGAGGAGGUUUUGGAAGUGUCUACAAGGCUGUGUUGGACAGAGGCAGAGUCGUUGCAGUUAAGAAAUUGAAUAUGUCAGUAGAUUCUAGUCACGACAUUACAGAAUUGAAUCGCAAAAGUUUUGAGAAUGAGAUAAGAACCUUGACAGAAGUGAUGCAUAGAAAUGUAAUAAAACUUUAUGGUUUCUGUUCCUGGAAGGGGUGCUUGUACUUGGUGUAUGAAUAUGCAGAGAGAGGCAGUUUGAAAAUGGUAUUGUAUGGAGUGGAGGGCGAAUCAGAUGUACUUGGCUGGGGCACAAGGGUGAAAAUUGUGCAAGGAAUAGCACAUGCUAUUUCUCACUUGCAUAAUGACUGCUCUCACCAAAUCGUUCACCGCGACAUAACUUUGAGCAACAUAUUAUUAAAUGGGGAUUUCGUGCCAUGGCUAUCAGACUUUGGAACAGCAAGACUAUUGAACUCAGAUUCCUCAAAGUGGACUGCUAUGGCGGGGUCUUAUGGCUACAUGGCUCCAGAGCUCGCAUUCACAAUGCAAGUGACGGAUAAGUGUGAUGUAUAUAGCUUUGGAGUGGUGGCAUUAGAAAUCAUGAUGGGAAGGCAUCCAGGAGAGCUACUGAAUUCUCUGUCGGAAAAUGGAGAUAUGCUUUUGAAGGAUCUGCUAGACCAACGACUUCGGUGUCCUUCAAGUCAAUUAGCAGUGCGAGUGGUUUCCUUGAUAACAAUGGCCUUGGCCUGCACCAGCAAUAAUCCGGAUUCACGACCCACCAUGCAUUAUGUGGCAAAAGAACUAUCAUCCACUAGGACCCGGACUAGCCUCUCUGAGCCGUUAGGCACAAUAACUAUCAAUGAGUUGGCGAAGUUUUCAUAACUAGAAGUGGCUGAAAUAAACAGGGGGUUUAACAAGUAACAACUAAAUCCCUUCUCCAGAAUUGAAAGAGUUGCAUUUCCUCUAGUUUCUAGUUAUUUGGUGAAUAAAUGUAUUAUUAUCGUGCCAGCAAUUUAAGGUAUAAUAAGUAGUAUUUCUGCUGAUGUAAAACUCAAAUAACUGGUACAGUUGUACUAUAACCGAAGUAAGUUCUGCUCAUCA